AAAAGAUUAUGCUUUUAUGAUCAACACUCUUAUCUCUCUCCCUCCAUCUCCGCCGAUUCCAUCUCUCACUUUCCCCUUUCUCUGUAAAAAAAAGGAAGAACCUUUCUUCCUCCUCUUCAAUGCCACCAUAAAACCCUAAAAUAAAGCUCAAUUCUUUGACAUCUCCCCUCAUGAAAAUGCAUCUGGGUAGUAUCAUCAUCCUCUGUUUCCUCCUCUGUUCACUAACCUUCACCGCUUCACAAACCAGCAUAGAUACCCCCACAAUGCAAUCCCUCAAAUCUCACUUAAACCUAACCAAAGACAUAGACUGGUCCAACCCCAACCCAUGUAAAUGGCCCACCGUUCAGUGCGACGGAAGCAACAGAGUCACAAGAAUCCAACUCAAAACCAAACGAAUCAGAGGAACCCUCCCACCAAACCUGCAAACCCUAACCGAACUAACCGUCCUCGAACUCUUCGAGAACCAAAUCUCCGGUCCGAUCCCUGAUCUCUCCGGUUUAACCCGGUUACAAACCCUAAACCUCCACGACAACCUCUUCGACUCUGUUCCCAAAAACCUCUUCUCAGGCCUUACCUCUCUCCAAGAAGCUUACCUCGAGAACAACCCUUUCUCUCCUUGGGAGAUUCCUGAAACCCUAAAGGAAGCUACUUCUCUUCAGAACCUCUCUUUGACUAGCUGUAACGUCACGGGGACGUUACCUGAUUUCUUCAGCUCUCAGACACUUCCAAGCUUGACAAGACUCGAGCUUUCUCAGAACUUGUUGCAAGGAGGGUUGCCUGCGAGCUUGGGAAGUUCUUCGUUACAGGAGCUUCACCUCAACGGACAGAAACUAAACGGUUCUGUUUCGGUUUUACAGAACAUGACUUCGUUAGUUGAGGUUGAUCUGCAAGGGAACGCUUUCUCUGGUCCGAUUCCUGAUCUCUCUGGUUUACAGUCUUUAAGGAUAUUCAAUGUAAGAGAUAAUCAGCUCACUGGUGUUGUUCCACCGUCUUUGAUUGGUCUCAAGACACUCACUACUGUGAAUCUGACAAACAACAACCUUCAAGGACCAACUCCACAGUUCGAGAAGUCUGUUGGUGUUGAUAUUUUGACAACCAAUACUAAUAGCUUUUGUUUGGGUACUCCUGGUACUCCUUGUGAUCCACGUGUCAGUACUUUACUCUCUGUAGCUGAGUCGUUAGGUUAUCCGGUGAAGCUUGCUACGAGUUGGAAAGGGAAUGAUCCGUGUGCUAGCUGGAUUGGGAUUACUUGUGCUGGAAGUAACGUUACUGUGGUGAAUCUUGGGAGGCAAGGGCUUACUGGUAGUAUAUCUCCUAGCUUUGCUAAGAUUACUUCGUUGGAAACUAUUAAUCUCUCUAAUAAUAAUCUCUCUGGGAUUAUACCUAAUGAGCUUACUACAUUGCCUAAGCUUAAGAUGCUUGAUGUGUCUAACAAUGAUAUCUACGGAGAUGUGCCAAAGUUUGAGGCUGGUGUGAAAGUGGUGACUACUGGUAAUCGUAACAUUGGGAAGCCUAAACCUUUAGCACCUGGUGCGUCUCCUGGUGGGGAUGGAGGAAGCUCUAAGGGAACAAGUAAGGCCAAGAUUAUUGGUCCUGUAGUUGGUGUUGUUGCUGCAUUGUGUUUAGUAGGUCUCGGUGUGUGUCUCUACGCGAAGAGAAGAGCGCGGCGACCUGCUAAAGUUCAGAGUCCGAACAACCACAUGGUGAUACAUCCUCAUCAUUCUGGUGAUGGAGACGCUAUUAAGCUCACUAUUGCAGCUUCUAGUGUUGGUGGAGGAGGAGGAACAGAGAGCUCUAGCAGUCAUGCCGGGAACACUGACAUUCAUGUGGUGGAGUCUGGUAACUUGGUUAUAUCUAUACAGGUUUUGAGGAAUGUGACAAACAACUUCAGUGAAGAGAACAUUCUCGGUAGAGGCGGGUUUGGGACAGUUUACAAAGCUAGAGGUGUUGAGUAUCUACACACGCUUGCUCAUCAGAGUUUCAUCCAUAGGGAUCUAAAGCCAUCAAACAUCCUUCUUGAUGAUGAUAUGAGAGCUAAAGUCUCUGACUUUGGGUUGGUUCGGUUAGCCCCUGAAGGCAAAUACUCCAUUGAGACUAGAGUUGCUGGGACCUUUGGUUACCUCGCUCCAGAAUAUGCAGUGACGGGAAGAGUGACGACCAAGGUAGAUAUCUUCAGCCUAGGAGUCAUACUAAUGGAGCUUAUCACUGGUCGUAAAGCCCUUGACGUGUCGCAACCCGAAGACAGCGUCCAUCUAGUCACAUGGUUCCGUCGUGUAGCAGCCAGCAAAGACAAAGACAAAGACGCCUUCAAGAACGCAAUAGACCCAAACAUCAAUCUCGACGAAGAGACCUUAGCUAGUGUCCAAAAAGUAUGGGAGCUAGCUGGUCAUUGUUGUGCUCGUGAGCCUUACCAAAGACCUGACAUGGGUCAUGUUGUUAACGUCCUGUCUUCACUCACCGUCCAGUGGAAACCCUCCGAGGCCGAUCCUGAUGAUCUCUAUGGUAUAGACUAUGAUAUGCCUCUUCCACAAGCUGUUAAGAAAUGGCAAGCUUCUGAGGGGCUUAGCCAAACCAUUGAUGACUCUGGAUCUUCGUCUUCGGCUUAUGGAAGUAGAGACAAUACACAGACGAGUAUCCCUAUUCGCCCAUCUGGUUUUGCUGCCUCGUUCACUUCUGUGGAUGGUCGUUGAUGAUGAUAUAAAGACUGCGCUUUCUGAUGGUUUCGUUACAGCGUUUUAGUGAGUAGAUGAUUUUAUUUUGGUCUUUCUUUGUUGUUCUCUCAAGCGUUUGCUUAUGACUUGUUUUCUAUUUGUCUUUCCUGCAAGCUUUUGGUUUAAGUGUUAUCUUUGUAGUGUUUAUGCAAAUACAAAACCAUCUUUGAGAUGGCUUAGAUAUGAACUCUUUCUUCCUACUUCAGCUUUUCUUUAAAUUUAUAUCUAAUAUAUGGUUUGCGGUGUUAAACU